GAAGAGCCACGCAUGUAAUCAAACGCAACUAACAUACACAUUUCGGGAACAGAGCCACGCAUGUAAUCAAACGCAACUGAGAUACACAUUUCGGGAGAAGAGCCAUGCAUGUAAUCAAACGCAAAUGAGACACACAUUUUGAUUAUGGACACUUUAUAAACUGACAUGCCACACUAUUUGGACACUGGUUUAAUUUAUUAGCCUAAAACAUUCCUUCCAACAUUAAAAACUGCUUACAGAUUCUCUUUGUAUGAAUCCAUCUUAAUUUCAUAUUUUAUAUACCCCUCACCGUCUUAAUUCUUUGGUGUUUUGUGUUGAACGUUGUUUGGGGUAUUACUAUCGCACAGGUACUACUUUAAGGUUUGUUCUGUUGUACAUCGUUCCGGUAGUAGUUUUAGACGUGUUCUAUUGUAUAUCGUACUAGUAGUAGUUUGUCGGCCUUUCUUUUUUACCGGAAAUAUGGUUUGUUUUGGCUUUGUUGGCUUGUGAGGUGUUGUUUGUUCCAAACUAAUUUAGCUUUUUGUAUGCAUGGUGAACAAAUGUCAAAUUUAGUUCCUUUUUUCUUUGAUUUUUAACUAAUAAAUAUCUUUAAUACUUCAACGGUUUAAAAUUACAGAGGAUGACAUUUUUUUAACAUAGAAUGUAAUUUUUCUGAUUUGACAUUAACUUUCACUUAUUUCUCAAUAUAUAUUUAUCCUGCUCUUGUGUGAGGGUGAAUUGUAGCCUGAAUCCAACCUUAAAUGCUAAAUCUAAAAUUAAAAGCUAAAUCAUUAUAUUAUUAAAUCUAAAUUGUUUUUUGCAAUGAUAAUAUUUUUUAUCCUUAAUCAGAGAAGACACUUCGCCAAGUAAAAUAAAACAUCAGAGAAGACACUUCGCCAAGUAAAAUAAAACAUCAGAGAAGACACUUCGCCAAGUAAAAUAAAACAACAGAGAAGACACUUCGCCAAGUAAAAUAAAACAUCAGAGAAGACACUUCGCCAAGUAAAAUAAAAUUUGCACGCACGAUUUGAUAAUCAAAGCCUUGGAUAUUGGAUAUAUAGACUGAUUGAUUGCAUUCAUAUCUUUAUGUUUUAUGUUCUUCUUUAACUUCUCACUAUCAAAUAAAAUGGAAAUUCAUCAGCUAUUAUAACAUGCAAAUGCCUUAUUUAUAUAGUUCCGUGUUAAACACUUGUCAGUUGCUUACAGCGUAUCCCACUCUUAUGUGUAGAACCAGAAGUAGGUCAUGUGAUAUACAUACAGGCAGGAUGUUUAGUUCAAGGUCACACCAAACUGGAUAUCGUGUAGGUCUUUGUCAGGUAAAUACAGGUAACCUGUGAGAAGAUGUGCGACAUAAAGACUCUGUGUAUGUCAUUGACCUUCCAUCUCCUGUUCUCAGCAGCUGGUUCAGAUAUUCCGAUCAGAGCAUCACGGUUUGCAGACGGGCUGAGAUCCAUGCGGUUCUUGAUAUCUGUGAACGACACGUGGGCAGGGCCGGGAGGUUGUUUGGCAACAGUAGCCACGCCCCCGCUCACGCCAGGCCAAAAAUACAACGAAACCUUGCCAAUACAGAUUGGAGAUUGUGACCACGGACCAAUGACAUUUACAGUGUCAAAAACCUUUGGGCAGACCUCGGAUUUGUAUGUAAGUGGAGGAGCCGUGUGUAUGAAGAUAAGUGCUAACUGGAAAGUGCUUCAUUUCGCUUCUUCUAACACCUGGUCAAACACUUACUUUGAGCCUAUUUAUUUAGGCAUUAGCUCAUAUUGUCUUAUCAUUCUGUUUGGGAUUCGAACUCACGCUGAGUCUAAUCACAGCUCAGUAAUAACCGUUCUUGUUUUCCAGCAUGUUGAGGUGACAUUUUACUCGUAUGUGCUUCAAGGCGCCUCUCCUCCCACCUGUCAGAUAGGAUGGAAUGGUACAUACCUCCUGCCGACCUCUGAUGACCCCGACCACACCCUCUUACCCGGCUGUUUCCUCUCGGAAUCUCGGGAGGGAUAUCACAUGACCUACUUCUGGUUCUACAUAUUACAGUGGCAUGUGCUGUAAGCGAGUGUUUUAACACUUUUUUCAAGCAGUUGCAUUCCCUGAUGACUGAAGAGUUACCAUUUUGGUUAAUAACCAGAGGUUAAUAACCAAUUAGCAUAUACCUUUAGAAUUAGCAUUUAAGGUUGGAUUUAGGCUACAACCCACCCACAAACAUGAUCACAAGUAAUUUAGAAAGUGUGAAAAUUGAUAACAAAAUCAUGACCCAUUGUCAUUAUAUCUCGUUGUAUUUAAAAUAAAAGAAAAGAUAUGCUGAUUUGCAGGCUACUUUCAAAAAGCAUUUAAGCAAUCCAACCCAUUAUACCAUCGCUUCGAUGUGACGAGAUCUGUGCUGCGUGACGUUAAACUGUGUAGAAAAGAACAAACCAUUUCAAAAGUCAUCGUUUCUGAAGUUAUCUUUCGUGUGAAUCGCUAAAUAAUCACAUAUGGAUCGACCGAACUGUAGAUAAAAGUGUGACUGCGUUAUGCUCUUAGCUUGUGGCACUUCAGUAAGGGUCCGCAAAAGGGUAAUACUUGGAGCCAUUGAAU